AUGAACCUUCUCGCCCUCGCCCUCACCCUCACCCUCACCCUCCUCAUCCCCCUCCUCGCCUUCGCGACGCCUACACCCUUUUCUCCCAACACCACCCUCGUCACUCCCGCUGGCUCCAGCACCAAGCACGACCCCCUCAAUCAGAAGCCUGCCCACGAACGCCGCGGCAUCGCUUACAACGAUGUGCACUUCGCCAAGUUCUUCGAUAUGGAAGGCACCCACGUCACCUGGCGCUACAACUGGGAUUCCUCAUCUCCGCCGUCAGACGCCUGGUUCCGCUUCAUUCCUAUGCUGCACUCGCUGCGUGACGAUCAUACGGGGCGGUGGAAGGAUAAUGCGGAGUCGAUUGCGAGAGAGAACUGGAAACAUGGGGAGAUGGCGACGUGGAUGUUGGGGUUCAACGAGCCGGAUAACUGCAUUCCUGAUGCAGGUGGUUCGUGUAUCGACGUUCCGACUGCUGUCGCCGGCUGGAAGAAGCACAUGCAGCCACUCUCAACCUUCAACAGCAAGACAUAUCUCGGUUCACCGGGUGUCACGAAUGCUGUGUCGUCCGAUACCCAGGGAUUGGGUUGGCUAGCAAAGUUCUUGGACACGUGCGAUGGAUGUACCGUCGAUUUCCUCAAUCUCCACUGGUACGGCCCGGCCCGUAACUCCCAGAACUUCAAAGACCACAUCAACGCCGCCCGCAAAUUCGCCAAGGGUCUCCCCAUCUGGAUAACCGAGUUUCGCGCCGAUGGAACUGACGACGAGGUGAGAAGUUUCUUGGAUGAAGUGAUGCCUUGGAUGGACAAGUCGCAGGAUAUCCAUCGAUAUGCGUACUUCAUGGCCCGACCCGGUAAGGGUAUGCUGAUCGAUGAGGCGGGCAACGGGCUUAGCGAGAUUGGCAAGGAAUUCAAUCUGUAUCACUUGCAUUCAAAAGAUGGAACGAACAUCAAGGGCUCAAACGGAGAGAGGUGGUGGAAAGAUGGCUAG